UGGGUGCGGAACUUGCUCCCGUUCUUGGACUUGCGCUGCGCAUUUUCGCUCGACCGCAUUGGUUUUUCAGAGUCGUUUGUCAUUUUGGAUUCAAUCCCCUGGAGUUGCACCGCCUGGCUUAACCCCCUGCCAUGUUUGUGCACAGAAGGACCGCAGUCGAGUUGGUGGUGUGGCUAGAUUCGGAAUAGGAGGAGGCUUCACCAGAGUCCGACAGAACCCGCCAUCGAGGGUGCUCACGCGGCGGGGCUGGUGAUGACGGAAGGGAUGUGCUCACAUUUCUGUUCCUCUGCUCAAAGCUCGUAUGCUGUGAGCGUGUACAGGAAAGCCCUGCACCGUGGCGGCAAGGCUCCGCACGGUCCGCAUGGGUAGGUGGGCGAAGAAAAAUUGCAGAAGGUGGCUUGUGCCCGACGUUGUGCUGCGGAGUCUGAUUUACUUCCCUGCUCGCUCGCGAGGCCGAUCUCAGAGGGGGUCCACCGAGUUCUGCGUGUGAUCAUCUCAGGUGGCGGUCGGGGCAGAGUGGGUGUGAUUUGCCAGUUUUCUCCAAGUAGUCGCUUCUAUAGCUUGACAGCGUGGAGAUUUAUAGUGUUUCAAUCUCGUGGCCAUGAUCUCGCAUGGCAUUACCUCACCUCUCCUCUCCGCUUUCCGCUCUCCCUUGGCGGCAGUGUCCGUUAAUGCCACAUCUAUCAACCGUAUCCCUAGCUUCUUCUCCAUUCAAAUCUGUUUUAAUUCAGUUUCAAGCUUUCUUCAGCUUCGCGCAUAGCACAAUUAGUGUUUUCACUUUCAUGCAGUGCCAAGGCAUGACCACUGUUGCCUAUUGCGCCAUCGACCGAUUUAGAGAUUUGCCUCCGAACAGUACAGUGUCUGCAUGGUGGAUUCACGUGGUCAUCAUGUUCACUGCCGUCAUGCUUGUGCGCAGCCUUAUCCCGACGAUUGCUACGGCAGUCCAUGCAGGCUAUUGGGGUCAUCUGGGGGGUGAAUGAAGGAAACGACGGUUCGGAUUUUCUGUCGAUCGGCCCUUUGCGCAUCUCGCUACCGUAGCUAGGUUGUGGAGCAAGGGCGCAUGAGGCCUUGUCUUUUGAGAGCCCGUAAAUAAGAUUGUUUCACUUAUCCAAUUCUCAGGGACCUGAGGGCACUCCACUAGGUGCCAGAGGUACGGCGGCGGAUCCGGAGGCAAAUCUGGUCAACGCUUGGCAGCAAUUCUCAAGAUAAUUCUUUUGGGAGACCACCUCCUUUUUCAAGUUGUCACGCCCUCCUCGUUGGAGGCAGCCUUGGCGUGAAUAUUGAUGACAUGAAGGCAUAGCCAAGGGAAUCGCUCAAUGCUGGUGCUGUUCUCAACAAGAGGUUGCGCAGCAUAGCCUGAGCCGGAGUGAUACGAGCAAGGGAAAGCAUAGCUUACCUGGCGAGUCUAGUGGUUCGCCGAUUCAUGCUCGUGCGAUCUCGGCGGUGUGGAGCACCAUCUUGUUCGGCGCUAGACAUCAGCAUUUAACUUCAUCUGGCAUUAUCACGGUAGUGGUGUGUCUGAGAUACCAGGGAUUCACGACAUCGUUUAUUCGGCGGUAGCGGAGGGCAAGCUAGUUUUCAUCGUUUCGCCUCCCAUCUAGAGGCCGCUAGUCUUCACUUGGCUUUGUUCUGAGAUGGCUCUCAGUCGUCGCGUCCAGAAAAGGCGAUUGCCCCAGUAACGCGAGUCGCGGCGCACAUUUGAUUUGCUUUGCAUUCUCGUGGUCUGCCUGCCCAAGUGGUUCCAUCGGCCUGGCCGCACCCGAAUGGUCG